AUGGCAACUAAAGAAGCGAAAGGUAAAAAAGGGAAAGACGGGGAGAAACGAAGUGCUAAAAAGAGUGAAGAGUCGAUAAUUGACGAUGAAAAGAAAGACGGAUCCAUUAUCGGUGGCACUGAAUCGUCUCCAACGGAAGAUAAUAUCCAGGAGUCACCUCGGAAAGAGCCAACUCCUGAACCUGAAUAUGAUGAACCAACUUUGUCUGAACUAAUCAUAGAAAGCUAUGAGGGUGAAAAGAUACGUGGACUGUAUGAAGGAGAGAGUACAGCUCAUUACACUGGUGGACAUGUAUACAAGGGAAUGUUUAUGGAAGGCCAUAUGCAUGGAAAGGGGAGUUACACUUGGUCUGAUGGUGUGAACUAUGAGGGUGAGUUUUACCAGAACAAAGUCACAGGAAAGGGAACAUACAGAUGGCCUGAUGGAAGCACCUAUGAGGGAGAUGUAGUGAAUGGAAAACGCCAUGGUGAUGGAGCAUUUCAUUACAAAGGAAAUAAGGUGUCUUAUUCUGGAGAGUGGUGUGCAGGCAAAAGGAAUGGAAAGGGAAAGAUGGAAUAUGACAGUGAAGGAAAGUCUUUCUAUGAUGGAGACUGGGUGAAUAACAUCAAGCAUGGGUGGGGUACCCGUCAGUAUCCCUCAGGCAAUAUCUAUCAGGGGAUGUGGUUCAACAAUGUCCGCCACGGUGAAGGAACCAUGAAGUGGCAUGACAAAAACCAGCUCUACACAGGCAACUGGGAAAAUGGCAUCCAGCAUGGUAUGGGCCAGCAUAUCUGGUUACUGCGCCGAAAGACAGGGUCACAGUACCCGCUUCGCAACAUGUAUGACGGUGAAUUUGUCAACGGCCUCAGACAUGGCUUUGGAACAUUCUUGUAUGCUAAUGGUGCCAAGUACGAAGGUGGCUGGAAAAACAAUAUGAAACAUGGAAAGGGUAAGUUCACUUUCAAGAAUGGCAGAAUCUAUGAAGGAAUGUUUGAGAGGGAUCAUAUUGUAGAAUACCCUGACUUCACUAUGGACGGAGCCACUACACCUGACAUCACACAGAUCAGGACGCGAACACCGCUACCAGGAGACAACCUGUCAGUCCACAGUAAUGAGAGUAGGAACACCAUUAGUCCAAGCUUCCAGCUGGAUAUAGAUAAUCUCCUGAAUGAGUUGACAGAUUACGACAGAGAGGAAGAGGCUAAGCAGGCCUUGUGUGUGGUGAUGCGCAACAUCAGUACCCUGAGGAAGAUCUAUAACUUCUAUAGUAGUCUUGGUUAUGAGGAGAGUUCAGACAAUACCUUUGUUAUGAACAAGAUGCAAUUUUGGCGGUUUAUGAAGGACUGUAAGCUCCAUGAUGGUCCACUAACUCUCAUGGAUAUGGACCGAAUGCUUGGCUACAAUAAGGCCAGUUACGAGGUCCACAAUCCGUACGAGAGAAUCUUAAUCCGACAGUUUGUUAACAGCCUCAUCAUCUUAGCCUACUAUCUCUACCAUGAGGAGCAUGAGGGAAAUGAGCCUAUCCUAGCCUCCUGUGUGUCCAAACUGAUCCACCAAAAAAUUCUUCGGCAUGCAUGCAAUGUCAAAGGUCACUUUUAUCACGAGAAUCGUCGUUCAGUGAAUGCCCUGGUCCACCUUGACCAGUCUUAUGAGGUGUACCAAGCUGUCUGUGCCCCUAGGAAGUUAGCACCAAAAGACAACUCCAUGAAGAUGAGACAGUUCCUGUACAUGAUGAAGGACCUGAAGUUGAUCAAUAAUGACUUGACCCCUAAAGCUCUACUGGACAUUCUCUCUUCGGAUGAUCCUCGGGUAGCUGAUGGGGAAGGCUGCUGUAACCUGGAGUUGGAGAUGACAUUUUUGGAGUUUUUCGAGGCACUGAUAGGUUCAGCUGAGGUGUUUGUCACAGAGUCAGUGGUUAAGGACCCCACCACUCCUAGACCCAGUACUGUCCUCACACCAGAACAGAGCAUGUUCUCCAUCCCUGUGUCUCCAUCACGCAUGGCAAGUCAGGUUGGAAUGGAUGCUGUGGAGUCCAAUGCACAGGGUUCCCCUCGUCAGGGAACUGUUUCUCCGGAGACAAGCUCUCCAGUUAGAGCAGUUUCUUCAGCCGAGGGAACCACCAAGACUGGAGAUAUAACGUCCAAACAACAUGAGUCUGGAUCCAUGGCCACAGGAGGGUCAGAAAAUGAUCACCCAACUGCUGUUAGCCGUCACGACUCUGUAAAAGAUAUUCAGCCACUAGCAGAGCAACAAAAAAGUGCUUCGUUUGUGAGCACACACACCAAUGCUACAGAUGCUGAUGGUCAUAUGUUGAUGCAGAGCUCAGUCUCUAUUGGGGGUCACACCUUGGGUGGCCAGACCGAGGGAGAAGAGGAGGGAGAAUACAAACAUGUUGGUAUGGCUGAUACAGAUGCUGAAGACGAUGAAGAAGAGCUUGACGAGGCUACUCGACAAUUCAACUUCUGGACACAUCAAAUCCAUAUUUUCUUUGUCCGCAAGUUUUUCCCUGCAGCAGAGAAACUUUCUCAGUUGAAGACAUCCGUGGAGAAGAAGAGAAUUGAUGAAGCUAAGGAGCGUGUCAAAGCUGAACAAGAUGCAGAAGCUUUAAGACAAAUCGGCCAAAAUUAGGAUGGAAUUUAUCUGUGAGAAGAUUAAUCAGACUUAUCAACACUUACGCUGUGUUUAUUGAGCUUUGCCUGUGAUAAAAAAUGUUACCGUCCUUCGUGCUCUGUUUAAUUAUCUAAGUAUCUUUGUCUUGUUUUUUUUUAUUAUAA